AGCUCCGCAGCUUCAUCUUAGACAUAAAAUAACAAGUUGCUGUUUCAUCUUGAAAAUUUACAAAUUCCAUUGAGAGACCAGACAGUAAGGAUACAAGCAAUACAAUGGCCACCGUCAAUUACCACGAUCUUGAGCUUCCCGCCUACAUCCUCGGUGCUCUGACCGCAGGAGGCGGUAUCAUGGGAUACGCGCGCACACGAUCUGUUCCUUCAAUCGUUGCUGGCUGCGCUGUUGGAUUUUUAUAUGCUCUUGGUGGCUAUCGCAUUCAGAAUGAGCAGCCUUAUGGAGUCGAGCUUGGCCUUUUAGCCUCCGUCAUUCUUGGGGGAUCUGCUUUCCCCCGAGCCCUUCGUCUGAGGAAACCGGUUCCAAUUCUUCUCAGUGUCAUUUCAGCAUUUGGCCUCUUCACCUACGGUUCUGCUCUUCGAAGGAGGGCCUGAGACAGCUGUCAGAUGAUGAUAACUUAGUCAAAGGAAUGGUACGAUGCAAUAAAACCACUUGUUCUGGAUCGACGGACUGGCUAUCUGGAGCUGUUCCGACUCAGUGUGAGACAUCGACAUAGUGUUGUGAUAAGCUUAACACCAGGACCCGGAUCACUUCCAUCGAUUGACAUAAACGAUAUGAGAAAGAGCUUAAAAUGCAGUUCUUUCGAUAUGGCGUAUUGUCAAGCGAUCACCACAGAAUUCUGGUAGCGCUCAGGUCAGGCUCUUUUAUGGUAGGAAGAUAGGAAUAAACGGCUUCAAACCGCGUGAAAGCUCCUACAAGUCAUGAAACUCUUCUCUCAUGCCUUCUACUCACAAAACUCCCAAACCUCGACCGCCAUGAAUCGUGUAUUGUGGGCUGUCUCCUUUGAUUUACUCUUCAACAAUGACCCGCCAAAUUUCAGGGAGAAUCAUGAGUUUAAGGCUAAGCUUUUUACAUGCUUAAUAAAUGUCUCAUACCAGAAAUAUUUUCCCUUAGGCCAACGUCUCGCUUAUCAUCGUCGAUUACUUAGGUUAUUCUCGGGUUGGGAGCAUUCGAAUAAGAACGAAAACCUGAUAUUAUGUUUCAGAAGGUUCUAUUAUGUGAUGUGGCUCGACUCACAAUUUGGAGAAUACUGGAUUUUUGAAGUAUCGCUGAAGGGUUUAUCAUCGAAGCAGGCUAUAGCGAUACCUCCGUUACUUGUCG